AUGAGUAGUAGAGCACCAAGUGAACCAACCAAACAACUUUUUGUCCGUCCUGUUCGUUCCGACACCGACAAACAAGAACUUGAAGAUUUCUUUGCUCAGGCGGCACCGGUGAUUGAUUCACGUAUUAUGGAAGGUUACGCUUUUGUUUCAUUCGAAAAUGUUGAAGACUCUCAAUCAGCUUUGGACAAAUUAGUCAAUACUGAAUUCCAAGGAGAACCAUUGCAAAUUGAAUUUGCUAAGGAGAGAAAGGAAGAUACACGUGGUAAAUAUAGAGUCAAGAUUUUAGGUUUACCUGAAAAUACCGCUUGGCAAGAUGUCAAGGAUUUCGUCAGAGACAAGACGGAUUUCCAACCAUCAUUUGUUAAGGUGUAUAGGGAUUAUGAAUCUGGUGAAACCAUUUGUAAUAUGGAAUUUUCAAGUGCUGAAGAGAUGGAAAAGGGUAUUCCAUUAUUGGACAAGGCCGAGUUUGGUGAUGUCACUGUUAGUGCUGAGGAAGACACUUCACCAUAUGUUCCACCACCAAGAAGAGGUGGUUUCAGAGGUGGCCGUGGUGGAUUCGAUGGCGGUUUCAGAGGCGGAAGAGGUGGAUAUGGUGAUAGAAGAGGUGGAUUUGGUGACAGAGAUGGUUUCAGAGGCGGAAGAGGUGGAUUCCGUGGUGGAAGAGGCGGAUUUGGUGACCGUGGUGGAUUUAGAGGUGGAAGAGGUGGAUUUGGAGACCGUGGUGGAUUUAGAGGAGGUAGAGGUAGAGGCGGAUACGGUGACAGAGGUGACAGAGGUGACAGAGGCGGAUACGACCGUGGUGAUAACUUUGGAGACAGAGGUGGAUCUUACAACAGAGAAAGAUCGCCAAACCGUUUCUAA